GGCCAUUUUGCUGAGAACCAAGGCGAGCACUAUGUGAGCUUGGAACAAGUUACGGAUCACAACAAUGGUAGUGAUAAGGAAUACGAAGCAAAUGACCCAGGAGAAGGAGAAAUUUCCGAGGAUUAUGCAAAUAAAAUGCAUAUAGAGCAGAACGUCGUUGAUUUUGAAAUGAGUGACACUGAUGCAAAAAGUAGGCCCGACAGUAUCGUCGGCAAUGGUGACGACACGGACAUUGCUGUAGAUAUAGCUAAGGGACUUACUCAUGGUAGCCGAACAAACAAGACGGAGUCUGAAUUGCAAAAUCAAGUCGACAAUGGCAUCGCCGAUGAUGGUAAUAAGCUGAUGGAAGUUCGGUUUGUUUCAUACGUAGAAAUCGACUUAUUUACGACGAGAGGGAAUGACGAAUGUCACAUUAGAAUUUUACCCAAUGAAGUUCUAGAAAAAAUCUAA